AUGCGGCGUCUCUUCUUGUUUGCUCCGUUGCUCCUUCUGUACUGCACCCUUGUCAUUCUUGCUGUGACAGAGCACCACCGCUGCAUGCAUGACAGAGUGGUGAUGCAUGUUGGAGCUUAUAUUUUCAGUGAUGGAAGUUCAGCUGCAGAAGCGUCUCCGCAACAAGAAGCAUCAAAUCCUUUGAAGAGACAAGAACCCACGAGUGGAUGGGACCCCAUUCGCAUUAAAUUCUUCACUGAUGAUUUGAAUACAAGUGGUCGGUUCUGCUCUACGGUUGAUGAGAGUGUCUUCUCCGUGAAAAGUUCACUUACGUGUACAACUGAUGAUGUUUUGACGCCAGAGAAGGAGGAAAUUCUUGUUAAGAAGAUUCUCCCUGAGGCAAUUAAACUGCACAGUGAUCGCCUUUUUGUGGAGCGGUUGAGGGGUCCCAUUGUCGUGCCUACCUUUGACAGCAGAAGUCUUUGCUCCAAGUUCACUAUACCACAAGAGCAUAAAACCACUGGUGUUGACGAGGCUGAUAUGGUGCUUUAUGUUGCUGCUGCCCCAACAACUGAUGGAGCGUUCGCCUGGGCGGCAACAUGUGCGACAUUAGGUCCUAAUGGUCGUCCAGUUGUUGGAAUCAUCAAUUACGGUCCACGGUAUAUUGUGGCUACACCACAGCGUGUCCGCGUUGCUGCUCAUGAGAUUGCUCAUGCACUUGGAUUCAAUUUCCCUGAGAUGGAAAGGAAAGAUAUGGUGCAGAUCUGGGAAAAUGGCAACGACCAGUAUGUCGUACGGCGUGUUAAUUCUUCAAAUGUACUGAGAGAAACUAAAAAUCAUUAUAACUGUGAUUCUGCAGAGGGUAUGGAACUACAAAGUGUGGCGUUUGUAAGUGUACCUCCUGCAAAAACAGCAGCGGUGUUUGCUUUGACAGCAACCGUGCAAGGAGAAUAUGAGUUGGGAGAAUCACACAGUAAUGUUAUGGAUGGUCUUUUGACAGGGAAGGAGUCUGUUGACAGUGAUGUGCAAGAGAGACGUGAAGAAGAGGGUUCCAAUGAUGCCAAGUUUACACAGAAUGUACAUCAUUCAUCACAUUUGUUGUCAAAAAGACGUUCAAUAUACGCACAAACCGCAAUGAUGGCAUCUCAAACCCCAAGUGAUUGCGUUGCUGAAAAACAAGUUAAAACUGCAAAGGGUACAGAGUGUAUUGUUGAGGCACCAAUAUAUAUUCCAAACCACAAAGGUAAGAUGACACUGUCACACUGGAGUCGACGCAACGCAAAGGAUGAGUUAAUGGUUGGUCUCGUCGGUGCUGGUUACUACACUGCAAUUACAAUGGGAGCUUUCGCUGAUCUGGGCUACUACAAAGUUAAUUGGACAAUGGCAGAGCAGAUGAGUUGGGGCAAUAACUCUAAGUGUGAAUUUUUGAAUAAUAAAUGCGUUAACAGCGGGGAAACGAAGUUCUCCAACAUGUUCUGCACAACCAAAUCCAGUAAGGGUACUGAGUCACUACGGUGCACAUCUGACCGCCAGUCAUUGGGCACUUGCAGCAGCAUCGAAGCAAAACCCGUUGAGAAGGAUCUUCCUGCGCGGUUUCAAUACUUUUCUGACGACAAAAAGGUUGGUUCAGAUUCAUCUGAACAAAUGGAUUACUGCCCGUUUAUUAAGGCAUUACCGCAAAAGAGCUGCAUCAGUGGGGAGCGGAACCAAAUGCCUGGAAGUGUAAUUGCUAAUAACUCACGUUGUGUGGAGGGUAAUGGUCUGACGGCUAACAAUGCAGCAGUUGGUGCCGUGUGUGUGGAGGUGUCUUGCAAGUUCAACAAGGUAAUUGUGCGAUACAGUGGAAACGAUGAGUGGUACAGUUGUCCUGAAGGAAAAAAUCUAACUGUGGAUGGGACUGUGCUGCAGGGUAAAAUUGUGUGCCCCAAAUACGCUGAUGUGUGCAAUACAAUCAACAAAACUCUGGAUGAAUCACAAGGUCCAGAAAAAGACCCAGACACUGUUGAAGCAAUCCAAACAAGUCAACCGGAAGCCACUGGAACCGCAAGACCGACUGAAAAUGAUGGUAACCAGGAAGUUACUGCACCGGUGGUACAAAAUGAGGCAAGUACGACCACAGAAGCAAACCGCAGUGAAACUAAGGAAGAAAACAAUACCUCAUCUGUGAGUGGGCAGAAUAAUAAUGCUACUGCGAAAAAAGGCCCUGAUGGUUCUUUUAAAGCUUCUUCUUUUGCAAGUGUUAUGUUUGUUUUCUUGACACUCUCUGUGAUAAUGUUGCCAUGA